AUGUUGGACCAGCAUACCGAUCUCGUAGUUAACACAACCAUCCCGUCUGCAUCUACGGCCCCAAAUCAUCUUUUAACAUACUAUUUCGUUCCAGUCUAUACAAUACUCUUUUUCAUUGGAACGUUCGGUAACGGUCUCGUUUUUAUUAGUAUUCUUCGUUCGUCUCGUCUUCGUACGGUGACAAACACUUAUUUGUUACACAUAGCGAUAGCCGACUUCUUAUUAUUAUUAAGUAUACCAUUUCUAAUUGUUACUAUUCUUGCUAACGGAUGGAUAUUUGGUAAUGUUCUGUGUAAAAUGUAUUAUAAUUUUAUUCACAUCAACCAGUACGUCAGUUCAUUGUUAUUGGCGGCCUUAUCAUUUGACCGUUAUCUUGCUGUCUGUCAUCCGAUACGGGCGAUAGAAUUUCGCACUCGAACAAAGUCAGCCUUAAUUAUUUUCGGCUGUUGGCUUAUCUCAAUACUCUUUCUAUGUCCAACGUGGGUUUUCGCCACAGUGACAUCUGAUCGUCUCAUCCGUUGGUUUGGCUAUCAGGUACAACGAUGCGUCAUCGACUUUCCAUCGAUUAUAUUCACGAUUCCUCCCGAGAUCGUCUUUACUUACUAUGGAUUUUUAAUUGGUUUCCUCCUGCCGGUUUCGAUGAUCACAACAUUCUAUAUUCUCGUUCUCAUCCGCCUUCAUCAUAUACGCCGCAAACAUCAAUCCGAACUCAAACAGCGUUCGCACAGAAAAGUAACACGCGUCGUUCUGGCUGUUAUAACAGCUUACUUCAUCUGUUGGGUGCCAUAUUGGUUUCUUCAAAUCUUCAUCACCAUUGAUCCAUUGAUUCAGUCGUUGAAUUUCAAUUUCUCAAUAUUUUCUUCCAAUCCGAAUGUGCGCUUUCUUAAAGAAUUAACACAUCUGACGACAAUCAUUGGCUACGCGAAUAAUUGUCUCAAUCCUGUUCUCUACGUUUUUCUUUCUGAUACAUUUCGGGAAGAAUAUCUAAUGGUCUUGAAUUGUUUUCAUUUUGAUCGAUCGACUCAAGAAAAUAAUCUGCAACUAGAGAUUAUCCGCCAGUAUGAGAAAAAAUCCAAGCCAUCGCAGCGAACGCCGAGUCUCUUGAAGAAACGUCGUGAAACUGCUAUUAAAAAGGCUAAACAUAGUGUCUUUAUUGAUGACAUACCUCUCGAGUACCGCUCAUUAAACUUUACUUUUCCUCGGUCAAAUAACGAAGCACCAUGCCCUUCACCAUCAUGUCUAUCGCCAGGACUCGGUGACAAAAACGAUCGUUGGUCAUCGUGCAAAAUGUCACCCAACCGACAAGUCUGUUUUUUGUCUCAAUCCACGCAUCAUUCAGCUCCAGCUAGGUUAGGUACAAAGUCAUCAACGUAUUCAAAUUCUCUGCCAGCACGGAUCACCGACGACGGUGGUGUCUACUGUGGUGAAUGA